UUCUUUGCCGCUAUCCAGAGACUGGUGUUUGCAAGUGUUUGCUGAUAAGCUGAAUCCCAGCUGAUUAACUGCCAACUGUGGUGUCUCAAAGUCCAGUCAAGCUAACUUUUCUGAAGUUUGAGAGGAAAAGCAGAGACCAAGAAGAGGCAACCGAGUCCACAUCAGAGGAUGCUUCAUCCUCCUCCAGUGACCUGCUCUUGCCAUCCCCCACGCUUCAUAAGAUCGCCCCAAGAGAGACAAAACCACACAGGUCGAAGCGUCUGAAAGAUCUUCCUGAGAUGGCUGAGUAUCCAUCUGUUAUUGACUGUGGGACCUGGGAGAUGCUUCCAUCCAGCAUUUCCUGUGGUUGCGGCCGAUCCAUCACGGCCGGAGUGGGUGGAAAAUGUGGCUGAGAGUCUGAAGACAGUAAUAAACACUCAAACUUCAAAAACAAUGCUGUGAAAGAAGAAAAAUGAGCCAAGAAAACGAGACGAAAUCGUAUGCAUAAAGCUGCCUGAUUUUCUUUUAAAAUGUUCAUAAUCUCUUCAGAAGUUCUCUUAAAAAUCUGGCUAAAUUCUACAUUCUCCUCAGCCAUUUGCCUGUUCAGUCCAUUGUAUGCCACAGUUUGCCUGGCUGUUUACAACCUCAUCAAGUGUUGAGCCAUAAUGUGAAGAGAGAACUAUUCUGUGAGGUAUCCAGAGGAAUGAUUGCUGUGAACCUCAGUGCAGUGAGUGAAUUCGUACUACUGGGCUUUUCUGAAGUCUCUUACCUGCAUCCUCUACUCUUCAUAGUCUUCUUGUCUCUUUAUAUCCUCACCCUGAUGGCUAACAUAGUGAUCGCUCUGAUAAUAAAUGGUGAUAACACCCUUCACACCCCCAUGUAUUUCUUCCUCGCUCAUCUGUCCUGUUUAGAUGUCUGCUAUUUGUCAGUCAUUGUCCCAAGCAUUCUUGAGAAUCUAGUGGUGGGGAGAGUUGGCAUUUCCAAGGCAGGAUGUGCACUGCAAAUGUUUUUUUUCCUUUUCUUUGGAGUUGCAGAAUGUUUCCUCUUGGCUGUUAUGUCAUUUGACCGUUGUGUGGCAGUAUGCUACCCCCUGCACUACACCAUCACUAUGAACAGCAGAGUCUGCAAAAGCCUGAUUGCUGGAGCUUACAUUUGUGGGUCUACUGUAGGCUUAGUGCACACCAUCGUAACAUUCAGCUUACCCUUCUGCGGUGUUGCCAUCGACCACUUCUUCUGUGAGAUUCAACCCCUCUUGGAGCUGCUUUGUGGUAACACUUCCCCAAGUGAAAUCCAAGUCAUUGUGGUGGCCAUCUUUGCUAUUGUGGGUCCCUUUUUACUCAUCAUUUAUUCAUACAUCCGCAUCAUUUCCACAAUUCUUAGGAUGUCAUCAGCUGAAAGUCAGAAGCUGCUUUCCACUUGCUCCUCACACCUUUUGGUUGUGAUUCUUUUCUAUGGUACAGCAAGCUCCAUGUAUCUGAGGCCAAAAUCCAGCUACACUGCAUCUGUUGAUAAGUUGCUCUCACUUUCGUAUACUGUGGUGACUCCUUUACUGAAUCCUGUUAUAUACAGUUUGAGGAAUGAGGAGGUGAAAAUAGCUUUCAGGAAAAGAUGGAGGAAAAAUAAUUCUGUAUGGAAAUGAAAUAAAAAUUUCCAUUGCUUCAGGAGGGUUUAGUGACUAUUUUUCACUGUAAAUAGUAGUUUAGUAUAAAUAAUUUUUGAAUAAUUCCCAAGAAGAUUUCAUUUUUUUAGGAGAAAAAAGAGAAUAGUGGAGAUUUUCAACCAUAAGAAACAGUUUUUGCAGAGUUAUGAUAGAGCUUUGAAAGGGAAAUUCUUUCAAACAUUUAAGAAAUUCUUAUAUAUAUAUGUCUUAUUUUCUUUUCUUUUUUUUUUUUUUUUUUUUUACUUUUUCCUUCCUGAAGUCAGAAACUUUAAAAUUGUGUUGUACAUGUUUCUGGCAUUAUGACAACAGAGCCUGGUUUUACUGAAAGAACUGAGAAGAGUAAAUUUGCACCAGUUUGCAUUUGUUUUCUGAAAAUAUUUAGUAACUGUCUACAGGAAAACAAGAUCAUUUAAUUCAAAUUAUAAAUAGGAGUCAAGGAAAUUGUUUAUUGCCAACUAUGAGUUCUGAGACAUGUAUUGUCAGAAAAAUAAGGAGAAGGCUGAGAGGAGAUCUGAUCGAUGUCUGUAAAUACAUGAGGGAUGGGUGUCAGGAUGAAGUUGCCAGGCUCUUUUUGGUGGUGUGUUGGAUAUAGUAAUAUUAAAUGCAGUAAUUUUAUAGAAUUGUGUGACUGUGGUGCAGCUAUUGUCCAGCCAUGGACAGGCGAGAGUUCAGUAAAUGCUGACAGAGGGUUGAAAUGACCUUAGAGAAUGAUAUAGCAAAUGUAAACAAGUGUAAGCCUGGAGUCUGUGGCUUUGCCUAUCUCUGCUGGCUUAGAAUUGCCAGACACAAUAUACGUGUUGUUGAGAGAAUAUGAAGAAUGUCUGCCAAGUAGUAUGUAAUCCUAACGUAGUCUUAACGCAGGUGCAUGUAACCAAUCAGAGUCUGAGAUCAUUUGUAACCUUCCUGUGUAGCCUUCAGAUAAAAAAGUAUAUAACCCCAUGCUUGGGGUGCAAUAAAGGAAUUGGAUUU